UCGAGGAUGUGGGGCGGGACCAGAACCGGACUGCGGGGCCCAAACCGGUAGAGGCAGAUGCACCUGUGAGCAACACCCUAGAAGCGGAGCCGGAGCGGGGACGGAAGCCGCAGAUGCUCCCCUCCCUCGCUGACGGGGGCCAUGCUCGCCGGGUGCCCUCCUGAGACCAGAUGACCUUCAUGUCGAUGGCCACGGUGGUGGCGGUGGCAGAGCCGAAAUGGGUGUCGCUGUGGGGACGCUGGUUCUGGGUGGCGGCGCUGCUGGGCCUGCUGCUGGGAUCCCUGUUGGUGGUCUUGCUCCCCCUGGGGGCCGUGGAGGAGCAGUGCUCCACGCUCCAGAAAGGACUCUCCUUGCUGAGGAGCAAGCUGGGAGGAGGGCAGAAGUCUCCCAGCACAGGGCUCGCUGUCACCACAGGAGGGAUCAGUCUGCUGGUGGUCAAGCCCAAAGCGUCUGCAGACGUUAAGCUAGAAGCCCGAGCAGCCCUGAACCAGGCCCUGGAAAUGAAGCGGCAGGGGAAGCGCGAGAAGGCCCACCGACUCUUCUUGCACGCCCUCAAGAUGGACCCCAAUUACGUGGACGCGCUCAACGAGCUGGGCAUCUUUUCUGAAGAGGAGAAAGACAUUCUGCAGGCCGAUUACUUAUAUACCAAAGCCCUAACCAUCUCUCCCUACAACGAGAAAGCGCUCAUCAACAGGGACCGGACGUUGCCCCUGGUGGAAGAGAUUGACCAGCGCUACUUCAGCAUCAUCGACAGCAAAGUGAAAAAGGUGAUGUCCAUCCCCAAGGGGAGCUCGGCGCUGCGGCGCGUCAUGGAGGAGUCUUACUACCACCACAUUUACCACACCGUGGCUAUCGAAGGCAACACGCUGACCCUCUCCGAGAUCCGGCACAUAAUCGAGACCCGAUACGCCGUGCCUGGGAAGAGCCUGGAGGAACAGAACGAAGUCAUCGGCAUGCACGCGGCCAUGAAAUACAUCAACACCACUCUGGUCUCCAGGAUCGGGUCCGUCACCAUCAGCGACAUGCUGGAGAUCCACCGGCGGGUGCUGGGUUAUGUGGAUCCCGUGGAGGCAGGGAGAUUUAGGACUACACAGGUGUUUGUGGGACAUCAUAUUCCUCCCCAUCCUCAUGACGUGGAAAAGCAGAUGGAAGAGUUCAUACAGUGGCUGAACUCGGAGGACGCCAUGAAUCUGCACCCGGUGGAAUUUGCCGCGCUGGCCCAUUACAAACUGGUCUACAUCCACCCCUUCAUUGAUGGCAACGGCAGGACCUCCCGGCUGCUGAUGAACCUCAUUUUGAUGCAGGCAGGCUACCCCCCCAUUACAAUCCGCAAGGAGCAGAGGUCCGAGUAUUACCAUGUGUUAGAAGUUGCCAAUGAAGGGGACGUGAGACCCUUCAUCCGUUUCAUUGCCAAGUGCACUGAGACCACCUUAGACAUGCUGCUAAUCGCAACCACUGACCAUGCCGUGGGAUUGCCAGAAGCAAAUCCCAACCAUUCUGGAUGCAAACAAACUAUUCCUGUGAAAACGUAAAUCUCAUUUGGCUUAAAAAGUGCAACAGAGAUUAUUUUGCAGGAAUCACACAGAAGCCUUGAGCUUUCCUACUGGGAAACGAAUCUUCUCACAAAGACUUAGAGAGCUAAAUGUUCUUGACCUAAGAAUGUUUCUUGUUUUAGUUGUUUUUGUUUUUUUUUUUUAAGAAAAUCAGUUAAAU